CGGAAGGUGAACAGGUGACCGUUUUGCGCUAAUAAAAGCCGUCGCUGAGCCCCGACAGGCUCGAGAGAACGACGACACCGGGAGGAUCUCGAGACCCUCCCGUUAGUUGACGGCGUCAACUUCCGGGCGGCUAUAAUAGGAGUAACAGCAGCGGUCGUCGCCGUUCUCGAGGGCGUGAGCGGCGGAGGAGAGCAAGGCCAGGGCACGCAAGGUAAAGGAAGCCGCCUCACGACGAGAUCCUGAUCUCUUGGAAAUUAGGGCGAAAGUAACCUUCCAGGGGAGGGUAUUUUCGUAAAUUAGGGCGGCUAGUAAGUUCCGUCACGACGAACACGAGGGGGUGACGACGUGGGUUUAGUUCGUGUGGUGCGACCUGGGGAUCCCGUCACCGGAAGGUGAACAGGUGACCGUUUUGCGCUAAUAAAAGCCGUCGCUGAGCCCCGACAGGCUCGAGAGAACGACGACACCGGGAGGAUCUCGAGACCCUCCCGUUAGUUGACGGCGUCAACUUCCGGGCGGCUAUAAUAGGAGUAACAGCAGCGGUCGUCGCCGUUCUCGAGGGCGUGAGCGGCGGAGGAGAGCAAGGCCAGGGCACGCAAGGUAAAGGAAGCCGCCUCACGACGAGAUCCUGAUCUCUUGGAAAUUAGGGCGAAAGUAACCUUCCAGGGGAGGGUAUUUUCGUAAAUUAGGGCGGCUAGUAAGUUCCGUCACGACGAACACGAGGGGGUGACGACGUGGGUUUAGUUCGUGUGGUGCGACCUGGGGAUCCCGUCACCGGAAGGUGAACAGGUGACCGUUUUGCGCUAAUAAAAGCCGUCGCUGAGCCCCGACAGGCUCGAGAGAACGACGACACCGGGAGGAUCUCGAGACCCUCCCGUUAGUUGACGGCGUCAACUUCCGGGCGGCUAUAAUAGGAGUAACAGCAGCGGUCGUCGCCGUUCUCGAGGGCGUGAGCGGCGGAGGAGAGCAAGGCCAGGGCACGCAAGGUAAAGGAAGCCGCCUCACGACGAGAUCCUGAUCUCUUGGACCGGUCUUCCGAUUUAUAAUCCUACUAUGGAAGUACUAUUCUUGGGAGAAUAUGAACAUGUUCGUGAUGAUAGGAACCAAUAGACAUUCCUUCAAAUGAUAAUAUAAUUACUGCAUUUAUGUGAUAGCUCAAUGGGUAAGGAAGUCACAGAAUUAUCAAGGGAUGGGGAAAGAGAUUGUGUUCGCAUGCAUGCACCCAAUGGUAAAACUGAUCAAAAUAGUCCCUGCAAGCCUUCCACAGUUGCUGGGUCAGAUGAAGCUAUAGAUAAUAAUCAGGAUGAUGCAAAUUCUCAAGGGCAUGCAGUACCUCAUAUUAAAAAUUUGAGCAUAGAUCAGGACACAACAGAAAAGAACUAUGGUGAUCCAAAAUCUUCAAAUCAGAAGUCAGCAUCAUCAAACUCUGAUAAAGCUACUGGAUCUGACCACACUGUUCCUCAGCCAUUUGCUCCCACAACUGAAAAGCAUGUUUCUGGUGGAAAUCGUGCUUUUGUUGCUAAACCUGCUAUCAGUGGAGACAAACAUCCUAAUGUAGAUAUACAACGUGCCAAUAUCCAUCAGAAGGCUCAGAGUAACUUGAUGCUCACGUCUAGGAAGCCGCUGCAUCCCGAUAAUAUCAUGCACCCAGACGAUGAGGAUUCUUGCUCUGUUGCUUCUUCUAGUACACUAUCUAUUAGGAAUUUGAAAGCUAGAACAGUGGCAGUUGCCCCUACAUUCAGAUCCAGUGAACGUGCAGAGAGGCGGAAAGAGUUCUACUCGAAAUUAGAAGAGAAACAUCAAGCUCUAGAAGCUGAGAAGCUCCAAUGUGAAGCUAGGACCAAGGAAGAACAAGAGGCAGCUCUAAAGCAACUAAGGAAGAGUUUAACUUUCAAAGCGACACCAAUGCCCAGCUUCUACAAUGAGGGUCCUCCGCCUAAGGUUGAACUAAAGAAGGUACCUCCAACUCGUGCAAAAUCACCAAAGUUUGGUCGAAGGAAGAGCUAUGGUGACGCGAGCAAUGUGGCCGAAGGAGAGAACCACAGCGGAGUACGAGUUCGGCUUCAGCGGCACAGUGUGGGUGCUUGCAAAGAUGCCGCAAACAAGUUACACAGUAGUCCCAAGAACAGAAAUGCAAUCAAAACCAAGGAUGGGGCGAAACCCACUAGGGAGAACUCUACUCCCCAUGCUGACAAGGGAGCAGCUCAAUCUGCCACCAUCACCACCGAGCCAAGUCAGGCGGACACUCUGCAGCCCUAAUGUCUGCCUUUCCAUGCACUCUUGACCUUAAAUUUUUCUUGCCUCGCAAAAUUUACCCUAUAAUUUGCCUCGACAUGGAAGUGACAAUCAUCAAUGUGAGCAAGUUUGUCAGUGGACUUUAGAUGUAAGUUGUAGAAUUAGUAUGUAUGCAGUGAUCCUGACGGUUGUGUAUGUAAGCUGCUGGAGUUUUUAUUAUUGUUCAUGGAACCUGAAGUAGAACAUUUGGUGCCUGCUUGAUAUUUCUAAAAUUUAUUUGAAUAUUUCUCA